CGGGCGACAGCUAUAGCCAGCGGCCAUUUUGGAUAGGGGAGAAGAAGCUCGCUCUUGGCAGCCAUCUUUCUUGUGGGCAGCAGAACCGUUAGAAUUGUUGGAAGCCGGCGCGCGGCACGGCUCAGGGUGGAGGACCAGCUUACACUGACCUCUCAUGGCAUCCAACAAAUUUGUCAUUAAGUGUGGGAACUUUGCUGUUUUGGUGGAUGUUCAUAUUUUGCCUCAAGGCUCCAGUAAAGACACCAGCUGGUUUUCAGAUCAUGAGAAAGAGGAGGUCUGCAUGCUGCUAGAAGAAGUUGUUGCUUCAAGGGUCAAACACUACGUGGAAGCGCCCAAAAAGCGUGGUCAGUGGAAAUCAAUGGAACAUGUGACAUCUGGUCCUUUGUUUCUUACUGCCAACAGUUUUCACAUUACUGCCUACUUUAUGAAGAGAUGGGUUAACCUCUAUUGUGCUGUAGGGAAACGUUAUCAUGGCCUACGUGUGUUUCCAGACAGACUUAUAGUUUGUGUCAGUAAACUUGAAUCUGAUCCAAGUGCUUGGACAUGUGAAAAUGGUGUAUUGAAAGAAGAACUUUCCAAAGGGACAUCUGAAUAUUUUACUAAAUUUGCUGAGAACAAGAAGCUUAAGAUUAAUCUGAAUGAACAAAUAAAGCAAGACAUCUUGAAAGAAAUUGUGAAAAUGACAAAAACAAAAAGUAGCACAAGCAAACCUCAAAUCAGCGAGGACUCCAAGAAAGUAUAUCUUGACUCGGUGGACUUGCAGACAGGUAACAGAAAGAACGACUGUCAAGCUUCUCUCAGUCCUCAAUCUGAAGUGAAAUGUAGCAGUACAGGACUGCUAAAGGACUGGAUAAAUACAGCUGAGGGCAACUUGGAGAUUCCUGCUUUAGAGCUGGAAAUUUAUGUUAAUCAGAGUCAGCCAGAUGAUGUUAGCAGCCAGCAAAAACCUUGCUCUGCAGAGUGGUUGAAGUCAAGUCUUAUAAGCGAGAACGUACCUUGUAGCUCUAAGUCAGCACUGCUAGGUCCAAAACAAAGUCAAGAAGUGACCAAAACACAGGCUCAACAAAAGACCUAUGGUUCAGAAGAAAAAUUAGAGCAUUUUCAAAAAGUAUUCUCUGAAGAGGUGCCUUUAACUCCUAGCAAUACAGAAAUGAAUAAGUGUUGUGAUGACCAUUUAGGUCCAUUCCUGGAGAAGACCCUGCUUAAUUCCAGGUUGUUCUCUAAACAAGACUUGAUGAAGACCACAUCUGAAGAUGAGUCAGUCACUUUGGGAAAAAACCUCUCCCAUCCUCUUUGUAAUAGGAAUAAUAUAGAGCAGACAAAGAAAAAUGAGCCAAGCACAACCUCUGGAGAAUUUCCUGUGAUGCCAUCAUCUUGUUUAGAACUGCAGUGUGUGUCUUCAGAGAAGCUUACCCAAAAAAGAAAAAAAGAAGGUGAAAACGGUCUCAGGAAGUUAAAACUGCGAAGGCUUAAGAAGUCAAAGUCUGAAAUACUACCUUGAUGGCAUGUAGGUGGGCAGCUAAAUAUGCGUUUGGAAAGCAUACACAAAAAGUAGGAAGCAAUUCAAAAUAUUUGAAAAUAAUAAAAAUACAAAGUCAAAAUUAGAUAAAACUUUUUAAGAAAAUAUAUUUAGUUAAGUGUUUUAGUCAUCUGGAGCUCUAAUGAAGACAAUUAUUUUAGGUCUUUAGGAAUUAGACAUAAAUACUGUACAAACCAGUGUAGUAUUUAUAAAAAAAAAUCUCUUAUGUUUACCAAACAAAAUUCUAGAUCUACAUGGCUUUUAGUACUAUUAAAAAGUCAUAUCAGCUGAUGACAGCAAAAGUUAGAAUCACUUUCGCGAUCCGUGUGCAGCUGCAGUUAUUCAGUGUUUUGCUCGUUUCUGAACACAGAGUUUAUUUUAGUAAAAAUUAAUUCUUUCUCUCUCUGUAUUAGGCAGUUCAUGGUUUGUUCACAUGAUCUUUACAAUGGUAAGGUGAAUUGAGGUUCUUUCAAAUAAAUCUUUAACUGGGAUUUAAUGUUGCUGAUAAUUUCAGACCCACCUUUUCCGUGGGGUUUCAAGAUAAGUGCAGUUUGUGCUCAUGCAGUUUUGAUACAAACAAGUAUUUCUAACCUGACUUGUGGAUACAAGCGAUCACGCAUUCAGUCUUUGGAAGAAUGAAGAUUGGGUCUAUAUAUGGCAUCACCUGGAUGUGCAAACAUUGCUAUUGGGAAAAGUUCAUGCACAUGUAUAUGCACCUUCGUGCGUUCAUGGUUCAAAAUCAGGCCUUGUUUGUGUGCAAGGACUGGUUUUCAGGUAUAGCGAUACCCAAGUUAUUUCUUAUUUUAAGAUAGGGGUAAUUUAAUUGCUCAGUGCUUUUUAAUGCUGCUUUUGUAACUUGUACGCUAAUGCGCUAAGGAAAUGUAACUCUUUAUUUCAUGCUUUUAAAAAUAAAAUUAUAAGCAAUGUUCUUUCA